CAGCUGGGCUGGGAGUCAAUAAAAACCCAGAUCCCGUGGUCGGCAGCAAGCCAUUCGUGAAAAAGUGUUUGAACAGCUAGCAUCGUUCAAGCGAGGGGUUUGAGUGGUGCUGUAACUAACUCGAACUUCCGGUCAAUUAACGGAAUCAUCAUGCUGGAACCGCUAGAUGCGAUCAUCACCGUGGCGAUGAUCUGCUUGGGUCUGUACUUUUACAUGGACAAAAAGUACUCGUACUGGAAGGACAGAGAUGUGCCGUACUUGAAGCCGGAGUUCUUCUAUGGGAACUCGAGGACGAUGACCCGGACGGAGCAAACGGGUCAGAUGUUCGCGCGGUUCUACGAGGAGUUGAAAGGGGAAGACCAUCCGUUUGGUGGGGCGUUUGUCUUUACGAGGCCGAUCGCGAUCGUGACCGAUCUGGAGCUGGCCAAGUGCGUGUUUGCGAAGGACUUCCAGUACUUCCACGAUCGUGGGACGUAUUACAACGAGAAGUACGACCCGCUUUCGGCGCACAUGUUCAACCUGUCCGGACCCAAGUGGAAGAAUCUGAGGCAUAAGUUGUCACUGACGUUUACGUCGGGCAAGAUGAAGAUGAUGUUCUCGACGAUCAUUGCGGCGGGGAAGCAGUUCCGGGACUUUUUGGACGAGAAAGUUAGUCAUGAGAGUGAGUUUGAGCUGAAGGACUUGUUGGCGAGGUACACGACCGAUGUGAUUGGGAUUUGUGCGUUUGGGCUUGAGUGUAACUCGAUGCGGGAUCCGGAUGCGCAGUUCAGGGCUAUUGGAAGGAAGAUCUUCGGGAAUCCUCGAGGAAUGGUCAAGGGAUUCUUGAUUGCGACGAUGCCACGGUUUGCACAGUUCAUUGGGGUAAAGGAGAUUCUGCCGGAAGUGUCCGAGUUCUUUUUCAAAGUGGUGCGUGAAACGGUGGACUACAGGGUGAAGAAUAAUGUUAAGAGGAACGACUUUAUGGAUUUGCUGAUCCAGAUGAGGAAUCCGGAUGAGAGCAAGAGUGACGAUGGAUUGCUGUCCUUCAACGAGAUCGCAGCGCAAGCGUUUGUGUUCUACUUGGCUGGGUUCGAGACUAGCUCUACGCUGCUAACGUGGACUCUGUACGAGCUGGCUCUGAAUCAGGACAUCCAGGAGAAGGGACGUCAACACGUGAGGGAAGUCUUGUCCAAGUACAACCGAGAGAUUACCUACGAAUCCGUUACCGCCAUGAAGUACCUGGAUCAAAUCUUGCAAGAAUCUCUCCGCAAAUAUCCCCCAGUCCCUAUCCAUUUCCGCGAGGUGGCCAAGGACUACCAGGUUCCGGAAACUAAGACGGUCCUCACAGCCGGUACCCGCGUGUUCAUCCCGGUGCUCGGAAUCCACCACGAUCCGGACAUCUUCCCCGACCCGGAACGCUUCGAUCCAGACCGAUUCUCGCCGGAGCAGGAAGCCAAACGCAAUCCGUACGCGUGGACUCCGUUCGGCGAGGGACCUCGAAUCUGUAUUGGGAUGAGAUUCGGAAUGAUGCAGGCCCGCAUUGCACUGGGUUAUCUGCUGCACAGUUUUAAGUUUUCAAUCGGGAAAAAGUGCCAGGUGCCGCUGCAGAUGGACGAGAAGAGCUUUGUGUUGUCGCCGAAGGGGGGACUUUGGUUGAAGGUUGAGAAGAUUUAAUGUUUUCUUAUGUUUUGCCAUAUUGAGACUUUUUUACAAUACAAGAAUUGUCUAAUUUAUUUGAUAUUUGAUGAUAGUUUUGAAUAAGCUAAAUAUAAAUUUUAAUAUACAUUACAA